AAACACGAGGUUCCGCUAUAAAAAGGAAAGCUCCUCACACCCCCGGCCUCGAUUUUGCAAUUAUAAUCAGAACACAACCACGCUAGCAGUCACAAAUUAUUCUCGUGCUUUGACGAAAAUGCUCGUAUUUUAGAGCGCACACAGCUUGGUACAUUAUUAUUUUACGAUAGAUAGAAAAAUUUUAGGUGAACAACUCUAGGAAUGAUAUUUGAUUUGGUAAAGAAAAUAAAAAUUUGAAUUUAGCGCCUAGAGCAAAUUGUCCUGACAUUUGACUCAUUUACGGCUGAUUGUUCUGACAAGUUGACUCAUUGACGGCUGAUUGAUAACUGAUUGCCCUUUGAGCUCGGGGUGGGAGGAGCUUCCCUUUUAUAGCGAAACCUCGUGUUGAAGGCUCUUGCUCACUGGGACGCAAGCGUGAACGCAAAACAAGUGAGAAUCAAGCAGUUGAGUUCGCUUGCGUUUGCGAUGGUACCUCCAAGUGAGAACAAACCUUUACAGUGCGACGCGCGCUAGCGUGGCCACCUUUAGGUCCUUUGACAGAAUUGUGAAGUAAAGUCAUUGACAUAUACUUUACUAGCCAACCAGCGAGCCGAAAAAGUUCGCACAUGCAUAUCAGAAUAUCAGAGCGCGCAGCAGUCGUGGUGGUUCCGGUGCGUCCGCGAUCCUCCCAUCGCCUCAGUGGAGAGUGGAAAGAGCAACGCGUGACAUAACCAAAACUGAUUGUUUGUUUUUUAAUAUAUAUACUAUAAAGGUAAAAUGUUUUCUCUCCUCUUGCAGAAAUUUAUUGCGCAAUUCACUUUUGAUGAGCAUAAAAGAUAUUCUAUAUAAGUGUUGUAUUGAGCAAUACAAUAUAUUGCGUUUCGUUAAUAGUCACGUUUCAAUUGUUUUUUUUUUUUUCAUCACAAGACCCGCAAGGGGUCUUUUGGGUAAUGGUCUUUUUGCAAAAGUAUGAACGUGCGUAGGGAGUGAGAUGUGUGGUUUGGUGAAAUAAUAAUCAGUAGUUUUGUUCGGUAUCGGUCGCGUCCUGAAAAUUGUUCCAUUGUCAACUGGUGGUGACGUAAAAACUACCUAGCAAUUAUAGUUUUAAAAAUGGUAUCAAAACGUGCCGUGUUUCUUAUUUCGUUUAGGCUGCAAUUACAAAUUUGCAUCUAAAACGCGUUGAAAAAUUGCAUCCUCUUUCUAUUACCUAUAACGACUGCCUGCUGUCGUAAACUAAGAGAGCAUAAAUAAAAAAUGUCACUUUGUAAUAAUGAUUUCUUGCGAAAAUCUAUAAAUCGCCUUGGCUCCGUAGACAUCAUGUUAUUUACAUUUCGCGCGAAAUGCGAAAAGUCACAUCGGUCAAGUGGCCAGCGGUGCGAGUCGUUCGGUUUCGAAUUUCAGAAAUAUGUAGACACAAGUGAGAUGUGAAUCCUUCGUUUCCCGAAAUGGAGCGUAUUUCUGCAAAAUCUAUGCAGAUUUUGCUUCUAGGUGAACAUUUAAGAGUUCGGCUACAUAAUGAGAGAGAUCCAGGAGAUAUUAUCAAAGACAGGCGAUACCAUUUGCGUCUGUACCCUUGUUGUUUUGUCGGAAGAGACGUUGUCGACUGGUUGGUGCAUCAUGGCGAGGCGGUGAACCGGACUGCGGCAGUACAAUGCAUGUGCAUCUUGCAAGAGAAUAACAUCAUUCAUCACGUUUGUGAUGACCAUAUGUUCAAGGAUGAAAUGCUGUUCUAUCGUUUCCGUAGAGAUGACAAUACGCUACCAAUAACCCAUGAUGUUGCCCUAGUGAUCAGAGGAUAUAAUAUUUCACAGAGAAUCAAAGCAGAUGACUGCCACCUAGUAAAACAGCAGCAGUGUGAGGACUUUGUUUACAGAAGUUGUUUUAUUGGAAGCUCUCUAGUGGACUGGAUGGUUGAGAGAGGCGAGACAAAUGACAGAUUUGAGGCAGUGCUCCUGGGACGAGAACUCUUAGAGAUUGGUCUAAUGAAGCAUGUGACUGAUGACCAUCAUUUCAAGGAUGAUCCAAGCACCUAUUACCAGUUUGUGAUUGAAAAGGUGUUUGCCAAGAAACUUAUGGAAGCCUUAUGUCUUCUCGAAGGACGUCAGCUUUCCCUUCCUCCGGGCUCCCCAAGGGAAGUGCGUAAAAAGAAUCUAUCCCUUCUCAUGGGUGGACGCUCAAUUCCUGUUCCUCUGUCUCCUAGCCGUGAGGCUCGUGGCAAUGAAUUCACAGGUUUCAGGCAGUCUCCAGGAAGUCCAGAUUCAGGUGGUAGCCCAGGAAAUUUCAGCCCCAGACCAGUUAUUGUGAGAGAGGUUACAGUUGAUGAACUGCUGGAUAACAAUGGUCCAUACACCAUGAAAACCAUCAGGGUAAUGAGUGAUGCUGUAGGGUUUGGGUUUGUUGUACGUGGAUCAGAGCCUGUGUUUGUACAAACAGUAGAUCCAUCAGGGCCUGCUGCAGCGGCAGGACUCAAGGUGCGAAUGUUUAUCCAUUCUGUGAAUGGCAAAGAAGUGCUACACUGGACGCAUAAGGAGGUUGCCAAGGAGAUUCUGAGGGGGCAAAAUGUGCUUGACCUUGUUGUAAUGACCCACUUCAGAGGAUCCUAGAGAGUCCCCUAUCAAAUUAUGAUCCUACAACAGCAACACCCAUUGAUUUAUGAUCCUACACUCUUGAGACAGGCCUGUCUAAAAAGACUUAUAGUUAUCCUUGAUGAAUACAAGGAAACACUGUUGUGUAUAACUGUAAAGACGUUUAUGGUUUACUUCUAUAUUCUAAAUGCUUUAGAAAAUAAUUCAUCUGCUUGAUAUUGAUUUAUUAUUUUCUAGUUAUAAUUUAUACAAAUUUUCCAUUGCAUGUAAAUGUCGUAUUUUUUAAUUUUCUUAUUGCACUGUUUAUUUUAUAAUGUACAUUUUGUUUAUAAUUCUGACUAACCAACACCUUGCAUUGUGAUGAUUGAUAAUGCAUUAUUUUGUUUAGUGUACAUAAGGAAGAUUGCAAUUCAUGCUAAUAUAUAAUAUAUUAAUAUUGAGAGAUCUAAAAAAGAAUGAAAAUAUACAUUGUACAAAGGUGUGAAAAAGUUAAAGUGAAUUAUAUAUUUAUGUGAAAUAUCAUAUGAUUAUUAAAAUAAUAGACAUUGA